UUGGACCGCUGUCAGUGUCAUUUUGUUUUCGUCUCUUUUUAGUCCAUUAUUUAUUGAUUUUAUUAAUAAUAUAAAGUGUAUUUGUAUCGAAUAGCAUAACUAGGAAUAUUUUAAAUAAGUUUUAACGAUAUUUAAAUGUUUAUCAUCACAGCCGUACAAUAUAAAUAUAAUAACUUAACAGGAUACUGGAAACACACAAGCGUAAAAGAUGGAAAAUGGAGAUGUAUCGCCGUUGAAUAAUUGUCAGACAAAGGAGGCUAAGAGACUAUGCAUAUAUGAUGUUGGUACAAAACUAAAUACACCUGAUCAAUAUGACAUUGGUGGGACAUAUACUAAAGAUGAGUCUGAUCUAUGGUUCUUUUGCUCUACAUCUUUGUGUCCAGGGUACCAGUAUCUACUCAAUAUAUUUGUGUGCCAUAGAAAACCAGGAAACAUAUCUGUGGGUAUUAGCGCAAGUGAUGUUUUAAAAUAUAAAGUAAACAUUGGCAGUGUAACAAACAAUGUGCUCCCCAGUUCAUUGUCAUGGCAGACAUUAAGGGCUGUGGAAGCAGAUGAAAUAAAUCAUGUAAGAACUUUUUGCUUCACUGAAAUGGAUAUGGUCAGGAUGAAGUAUGAAACACUGAUUAUACCUUUGAGUAUAGUAUGGGAACCAAAGUGUUUAGUAUUGGAGAGUGUUAUAAAAAGAGUAAAAGUGAAACACGACUUUGGGGAUUUAUUAUCUAAUGAGGACAAUAAAGAUUUAGAGCUAAAAACACCAAGCGGCAGGACCUACAAGAUUCAUCGUCUUGUUAUGGCAGCCCAUAGUCCAGUAUUGAGGAAUGCAAUUAAAAAUUUAAAGGAUAAUUCACUUUUUCUGGACAUUAACGACAGAGAUUUGGAACUGCUUCUGAAGUUUAUGUAUACAGGGACAAUAAGAAAUGUAUCAGAACUAAACUGCAUACAUCUUCUAGAAAUGGCUGGUAAAUUUGAAUUAAGAAGCUUAUUCCUUUAUAUGCAAAAUGUUAUAAAGACACAAAUUACAGUUGAGAAUGCCAUGGAUAUUGCAGUAAUAUCUGAGAAAUAUAAACUAGAAGAUAUGCAAAAGAAUAUAUUCCAAUUUGUUAAGGAACAUCCACAAGUCUUGAAUACACCUAGUUGGAAAAAAUUGAAUGAUAUAAAUUUAACUAAAAAACUUUUAGAAAACAUUUACGAAGAUAGCAUCUAAUAGCAACAUUAUAAAAAAACCUUGUAGUUGUUGGAUUUGUAACCAUUAUUCUCUUGUUAUUUUUUUUUUUAAUUUUGAAAUGUGAAUUAUAUUUUUGAAAUGUUAUUUAAGAUGAAUAAGAAGUUUUGUUUAUCCUAUUACUUAAAUACUGCCAUUUGUAGUCAUUUCAAAGCUAAUUAUAGUAGGCUAAGGUCGUAGAAAAUAUUACGUAAACCUUGUCCAGUUGGAAUUGUGUUCUGGUCAAUACUAAACCCUAAAAUAUAGAUAGCCUCUUUGUAAAAUACAUUUUCCCAAAUAAUAAAAAACUUUAAAGUGAAAA